AGGCAUAUUGCGAUUGCAAUUUUGAACUGGUAUUUAAACAAGGCGUUUGGAAAAGACAUAGGCAAAGAUAGCAAGUUUGACAAGGACGACAAAGGCAUGUUAGAUAGCAUUUGGGAUUUGCAGGCUAGACAUAGCAUGCAUGUGGCAGGGAUGAUAUAUAUGCAGAAGUUGCAGCAAGAGGUGUUUAGGAUAGUUGCGUGGUAG